CUCCGACGAUGGAUCUGCUGAGGUCGGAGCCGAUGCAGUUGGUGCAACUGAUUAUUCCGAUCGAGGCAGCUCAUCGCACAAUCUCCUAUCUCGGCGAUCUCGGUCUCUUCCAAUUUAAAGAUCUCAAUGCUGAAAAGAGUCCUUUUCAACGAACAUAUGCUGCUCAGUUAAAGAGAUGUGGGGAAAUGGCUCGUAAGCUACGGUUCUUCAGGGAUCAAAUGACCAAGGCUGGUUUGUCACCACCAGCAUGGUGUUCAAGAAGUGAUGGGAUUGAUUUAGAUAGCUUGGAGGUGAAACUUGGGGAACUUGAAGCAGAGCUUAUAGAGAUGAAUGCAAACCACGACAAGCUAAAACAUGGUUACAGUGAGCUGUUAGAAUAUAAGCUAGUUCUGCAGAAGGCUGGUGAGUUUUUUCAUUCAGCUCAAAGCAGUGCAGCUGCUCAGCAGAAAGCAGUUGAUGCACAGUACAGUACUGAAGGAUCCAUUGACAGUCCAUUACUAUUGGAGCAAGAAAUGGUCACAGAUCCAUCAAAGCAGGUUAAGCUGGGGUAUGUCAGUGGCCUUGUUCUAAGGGAAAAAGCAAUGGCUUUUGAAAGGAUUCUGUUCCGAGCAACCAGGGGAAAUGUUUUCUUGAGACAAUCUGUGGUUGAAGAGCUUGUCAUUGAUCCUGCUUCUGGAGAGGAGGUUGAGAAAAAUGUGUUUGUUGUCUUCUUCUCUGGUGAAAGAGCAAAGAACAAAAUUACGAAAAUAUGCGAAGCUUUUGGAGCAAACUUAUACCCCUUCAAAGAAGACCUAGGAAAACAAUUUCAGAUGAUUACAGAGGCAUGCUUUUUCCCUUUUCUGGUGACUGGAAGACUUGAGGAGCUAAAAACUACCAUAGAUGUUGGACUUGCGCACCAUAGCAAUCUGUUACAGACAAUUGGCUAUCAAUUUGAGCAUUGGAACAUUUUGAAGGCUGGUGUCCUGUUUUUGCAACAAAUCAGGGUUGCUAAGUAUCAGGAGGCAAACCCUGGUGUGUACACAAUCAUCACAUUCCCAUUCCUUUUUGCUGUGAUGUUUGGUGACUGGGGCCAUGGUAUAUGCUUAUCUCUAGCCACAUUAUAUUUCAUAAUCAGAGAAAAGAAAUUUUCUAGUCAGAAGCUAGGAGACAUCACAGAAAUGACAUUUGGAGGUCGCUAUGUUAUUCUGAUGAUGGCAUUGUUCUCAAUCUACACUGGAUUGAUAUAUAAUGAAUUCUUUUCUGUCCCUUUUGAACUAUUUGGGCCAUCUGCUUAUGCAUGCCGUGACCUUACCUGCAGGGAUGCUUCUACAGAAGGUUUGGUCAAGGUUGGUCCCACUUACCCAUUCGGUGUGGAUCCUAAGUGGCAUGGUACUAGGAGUGAGUUACCAUUUCUGAACUCAUUGAAGAUGAAGAUGUCAAUUUUGCUUGGAGUAGCCCAGAUGAAUCUCGGAAUUAUUCUAAGCUACUUUAAUGCUAAAUUUUUUCAAAAUGAGAUAAAUAUCUGCCUGUUUGGCUACCUGUCACUCCUCAUUAUUGUAAAAUGGUGCACUGGUUCACAAGCUGAUCUUUAUCACGUGAUGAUAUACAUGUUCCUGAGUCCCACUGAUGAUCUCGGUGAAAAUCAGCUUUUUGUUGGCCAGAAGUUUCUCCAGAUUUUGUUGCUGCUGUCGGCCCUUGUUGCUGUACCAUGGAUGCUGUUUCCAAAGCCUUUUCUCUUGAAGAAGCAAGACCAAGAGAGGCACCAAGGUCAAUCCUAUGCAUUGCUUCAUAACUCAGAUGACCCUCUUGAAAUGGAACCAGACCAUAAGUCCAACAGCCACGAAGAAUUUGAGUUCACUGAGGUAUUCGUACACCAACUUAUACAUACUAUAGAAUUUGUGCUUGGAGCAGUGUCCAAUACAGCAUCAUAUUUACGGCUGUGGGCCCUCAGUUUAGCCCAUUCGGAGUUGUCAAGUGUGUUCUAUGACAAGGUUUUGCUUCUUGCCUGGGGGUUCAACAAUGUCAUUAUCCUUAUUGUCGGUGUUGUUGUGUUUGUAUGUGCAACUGUUGGUGUACUGUUAGUUAUGGAAACCCUCAGCGCAUUCUUGCAUGCACUAAGGCUUCACUGGGUGGAGUUCCAGAACAAGUUCUAUGAGGGAAACGGUUGCAAAUUCCAACCAUUUUCAUUUGCGCAACUUAAGGAUGAUGAUGAAUGAAGAACUGCUUAACACUGUCACUGGCUAACGGGUUGUGUACAAAAUUCAAUCAUAUUAAAUUUGUUGUAGCAUAGAAAAUAGUCAAAAUUGUUUAUUGGACCAGAAAUUUUGGAGACAACGUCGAGGUAAGGAGCCUUGAGUACUGGUUUGGUUAAAUACGUAUCAUCCGGGUCAGUCAAAUUGCCAAUGGAACUUCGUACUUAGUUGUGGGUUUGUACCUCUAGCUAGCAAAAAAUCCCAUAGAGGUUCGAACUUGGUUUGACUUGUUUCUUGUUGUAUGAAAUUUUUCCUCCUUUGCUGAGGGGAAAUCGGUAUCAAUACUGCAAAUAUUCAUUGAUGUUGAAAUGAAUUAUUUCUUGCCCU